AUGGGCUUCGAAUUCAUCGACAACUCAACCAUCAACCGAGGUUCUCGGCGGCUGAUUCGCAGCCAUGUCAUGAAGGGCAAGAAUGCGGGCCGCUCCUUGAAGCAUGCCAGGAAGCCCCGAGGCAGCGCAAGCGACGCCAUCGCGGCAACGCGUAUUGCCCCCCUGCGUCUCAUCGAUAAUGUGUUAAGCGACAUUCGACACGGUCAGGUCUCAAAGGAUCUUGACAAGACCGCUCUUGCUAUUCGAGACUGGGUUUGGAACGGAUUCCUCUAUUUCUCCUUUCCACUAAAACUCACUCCACAAGUUACAUAUCUCCUCCACAAUCUAUUUGGUGGAGUUGGUGAUGCUCUCUACCCACCGGAGUUCUGCCUGCAGAUAGAUCUUAUGAAGUCCUUGUGGCUCCAAUACAUGCUCGAGGAUGAAGCAGACCUUCACCCUUGUAAAUCAGAGGCUGUCCAGUGA